UCCUGCGCUUUUCCAUUCCCGCGGGUCUCGGCAUCGGCUCCUCUGCUGUCUGUCCUCCGUCGGUCGCCUCUGCGUCGGACCGCUUUCCAUCUCUCUUCGUGAGAUCUGUCGCCUCGGUCCUCCGCUCCAUUCGCUCGCGGACGCCCCCUGCCCUGCGCAUUCUCCCAUCCGCUCUCUCUCUCUUCCCCAAGGCCGCAGCCGCCACCGCACUCGCUGCACCCGCGCUUGCUUCACCGCACCCUUCCAGCCAGACACCGCGAUCCCUCGAAUUCCUCGCCUCAAAGCACGCCGCCAUGUGGAGUAGCUUCCGAUACUCGUCCGCCAAAGUCUUCUUCCUCAAGGAGGGUACCAACUUCCAAUACUCGAGACAGGCCAUCUCCUCGCCCUGCCUCCUUGGCUCCUCGUACCUCCCCGUCGGAAGCAACCGCCAGUUUGCCAGCAAUCUCUCGACCUCGUCGCAGCAGAUUCAGUCCAAAAAGACCAAAAAGUACCGCAACCCUCCCAGCGACACCGCCGUCAUUAACCGCACGACCGACGUUCCCGAUGACAUCCUCCGCACCAUCGGCAUUCUGCGCACCGCCAUCCGUGUCGGUGACUCCAAAGUGGCCCUGAACCACUGCAUCCCCAGCCACUACCCGUACCUCUCCACCCAGGACCUGUUCCGGCUCAUCAAGAUCCUCUCCAUCGCCGCCAACGAAUCCAACCAUAGAAACGCAAACAUGACCUUCCUGCCCAAGAUCCAGGAGGUCUGGGAGUUCACCGCGCAACACCUCCGCACCAGUGGCGCCACCGAACUCAUCCCUCUCGGCAGCUACGGCCCCUUCUUCAAGUUCCUCGGCGACCAGGGCAACAUCUCCAUGCUUGAGCAGUACUGGGCCCAGAUUGGCGAGCUCUGCGCCAAGCCCGACAUCUACGUUUUCAAUCGCCGCCUGGAGGCCCUCAGGGUCAGCAACGCCUAUACCCAGGUCGUGCACGAGUUUGAGAAAAUGGAGUCCGUCUACAGCCUCACUCCCGACCGUGUCUCGUACCGCGUUCUGCUGCAGGCCCUCGGCAAGCUCAAAAAGUCCAACCAGGCCCAGGAAUUCCUGAGCUCCGUCGAGAUCGAAAACAUGUCGCCGGUCCGGAAAUACCACUUUUACGUGGCGCUCUGCCGCGCCUUUUGCACCGAGGACAAUCUCGAGCGCGCUCGCAGCUGCCUUGACAGCCUUCGCGACAACAAUCUGCUGCUGGACCACCAGAUCUACGAUGUUAUGAUGGCGGCCUACAGCAAGGCCGACCGCAUGGACGACGCCCUGCAGGUCUUUUCGCUCAUGAAGGAGGAUGCCCUGCGCUUCCCCACCGUCAAGCCCACAACCGAGACCUACAACAUCCUGCUGCAGGUCUUUGUGCGAAGCAAGAACAUCGAGGCCGCCGAGCGGAUCUUUGCCACCCUAUGCGAGAAGUUUGAGCCCAACGCCAUCACCUACAGCACCAUGAUGACUGCCUAUCGUGUGGUCGGCAACUACGAUGCCGUCCGCAAGACCUUUGGCGAAAUGGUCAAGCGCGGCGUCGAGCUGCAAAUGAACGUCUUCAACUGCCUGCUGCUCAUCGCCCGCAACCCCGGCGAAGUCGCUCGGAUCCUUGCUCUGGCGGGCGAGCACGACCUGGCCCCCACGGGCAACACCAUUAAUGCCCUCGUCGUCAACCUGUGCAAACACAACGCCAUCCAGAGCCUCAGCAGCCACAUUGUAGCCAUUCAGGGUCAGAACGUCAGCCCCACCCACGACGACUUCAAGAAGAUCAUCAUGACUUGUCGCACGGUCGGCGCCCCCGACGAGAUCAUCCGCCAGCUCCUGGACUACGCGCAGCUCUGCCACGGAGCCUCCGUGAACAUGUGCAACUUUGUGCUUGCCCGGAGCAACCCUGGCACUCCCCUGACUCCGCGCGCGCUUCAGGAGUGCUUCACCAACUUCUUUGAUCCCUACGACGUGCAGCCCAACGGCCACACCAUCCAGCUGGUCAUCAACCGCCUCAACGACCGGUCGCAAUCCGACCUUGUCUCGCGCAUGACGCCCGACCAGCAGGCCGAGUGGUCGUGCGAUGCUGUUGCCCUGGUCAAUGCGCUCUUCAAUCAGAUCACCCGAGGCGGCUCCGAGCCGCACCGGAUAACACCAAGCGUCCAUAAGACGAUCAACAGCUUCAAGUCCAAGUUGAGGGCCUCGGGCAUGCACUGAGCCUCGUUCCCCGCUGCCAAUGCUGCCAAUGCUGCCCCUGCUGCCGCGCCUCCACUCCAUGCUGCUCCUAACUCGCCUGCCUGUCUGCCUGCCUGCCUCCACAUCCAAGCCCACCUCUCCCCCCCCCACGCUCAACCAGUGCUUUCUUGUCCCCCAUAGUAUGCAUAUUCGCUUCCUCUCCCCUGCCCGGCCUCCUGGCCACAACCUUCUGCCCGUUUGCCCCGGCCAAGGACAGAUUUUUGAAUGUAGUUAUAACAUAAACGGCAAUACAACGCCACACGACGAUUACCAGUGAACUUAUUUUGGAACGAGGUUCCGAUCAACAACGACCACAUUUUUGUUCCCGGAAGCACCGUGCGUUGGCCAUAGCCCUCCAAUCGGAGGGUGCCGGCUUUUACAGGCAAUCCAAUAAAAAACGGGACACCCGGGUUUUUGACCAUUCAUCGAA